AAAGCGUAGCAUGUCUGAAAGCUGGACGAGUACGCCCAUACUACAAGGAAACACCACUUCUCAACACCAGGAUCGGAAAUUCAUUGUGAUUAGAACAAACUCUGUUCAUGGCUACAACGGCCGUGAAAAUACUCCUGCGGAGAUGAAGGUUUUAGCACCAGCACCAGCACCAACACCGGCACCGGCACCUGUUAGGAAAGAGCGACGAGUAAGUGGAAUGUACAGCAGUAAGGGGAGCAGCCAAUUCUUGCUGCCUCGCUCCUAUCAAUCCCACAACAGACUGUCUUCCCUGGGGGCCCCUUCCGGAGCAACGAUGAGGAACACUAUGACACCCCCCAAGUGUAUCCGGUUGUCCAAGGGCUUUGAGGACCUGAAAAUGCAAUCGCCCCAACAGACAAAGUUGCCGAUGCCUGUAAAGAACUCGAACCCUAGCCUAGCAAGAGAUACAAAUCGGAUACAGAAGACACAAUUACGAACGCAGAUCCUCCAAGAAGCCAAAGAAAACAGCUCCCCGAAGGCAUACCCGAUGAACCUACAACACCACACAGCACUUCCUCCAGUAGAUGCAGACGGGAACGGGACCACCUCCAAGGGUGCAAAUGAACUAGGAUCCAAGCUACCUCUAGCGAGUAGCAGCAGUACCAGGCAGAAGGUCCAAAUAGAGAAAAUGGUACCAACACCACUGCCACCAACCGUCCCUCCUCAUACUGUUACUAUCCCAGGGCGGGUUUCAUCUCGAGUGUCAAAUCCCAAGACGAGAACAAAGCUAACACCACAAAUCAAUGAUCGGAUACAGGUCGAAACAGCCAUGCCUCAGACAUACUGGCUUGGUCGGUUCAUGACUCUCACAAAUGCAUUUCAGUACGAGGAUUCCUUCAACGAGCCGGAUAUUGCAACGGGAUUUGAAAUGCCUUCAAGCUACUCGCGACCAUUUCAGCGCUCGCAUGAUGGCGAUCUAGCAGGAUAUCGAGUGAAGAGAGCGUUUAUGGUGUUAGAGAAUGUUUGUGCGACAGAAGAGGCGAGUGCAAGCUUGCGAGGGUUUCGAGAUGAAUACAUUUGUCGAUUCGGAGAUUCGUGGAUGGAUUAAACAGUAAUAACUAUGGCUGCGAUACUGCGGUUUCGCUUUGUAUUCUCAUGAUAGAUAGAAUUGAAGUUUAAAUUGGUUUGUUCGAUGCUGAAUGCUCCGAUGAGUGCUGUGUCAUGGUAACCCUUCAGAAACUCCUUCGUUAUAACGCCAGCCCUAAUUGAAUAAUACAAUGGAAACCCCGAGAAAAAGUAGAAGUGAAAAAAAAAAAAAAAAAAA